AUGGAGGAGGGGACGGCAGGCAUCAUCUUCAGUCUCGUAACCUGCUCCCUCAUCAUGCUGAUUGGAAUCCCAGGAAACUGCCUGAUCAUACGGGUGUUCUGGUUGAAGAAACGCAAGACCAGCACCCGCAUCCUGAUACUGAGUCUUGCCUGGGUAGAUCUCGCCAGCUGCUUCAUGCUGGCCAACAGAAUCGCGGUUUUCACGAUAACUCUGGCAGGUGGGACAACCCCAUAUAUCUUGAGACUCUUCGAUUUUCUUCUUGUGACCGCAAUAUCGACCUCGGUCUCUCUCACUGCUGUUAUUGCAUUUGACCGUUACGACAGCGUGUGCCGCCCGAACAGACGUCUUCUCAAUGAAAAGCGCGCCAAGGGUGCGUUUAUCUGCACGGUUGUCUACAGUGUGAUAUUAGGCAUUCCCCACCUUACAUACGUGAUUGGUGUCAAAAUAGAAACAAUUGUUAUUUUGGCUUUUCAGAUAUUUUGUUAUAUCGUGGCUCUUACUAUGGUAGUUGUUUGCUACCUGAAGGUCUACUCGACCAUCCGGAAUCACGUUAGGGUCGGCACGUGGAGAACACAUUCAAUAGAAAAGCUAAAACCGCUUAGUGACAAACAACGUAGCAAUGACUUGGAGUUGGAAAGGGGCACUGCUCCGGUGACUCCAUCCGCGAUUCCGUCUGGUUCUGAUAAAACAGAAGCAGAUAGUAUUCCUGAGUCAAGGUUGAUGAAACAGGGACACUCAGGGCCAAAUGCGGAUAGGGAAUUGAUCGAUGCAAUCAGUACGACCGUGACUCGCCGGGACCCACAUCCACGGAGGAACGUCGAGCGGGGGCGGUCGAACCGGAACCCAUCAACGACACGUCGGCGGGGAGCUGACGUUCAGAGCAAGACAACACGGAUGCUUCUCUUGACCAGUGUUGUCUUCUUGGUCCUAUGGCUACCGUACUGGAUUUACGUCACCUUUCGAUAUGCACACUAUCUCAAUGCAGAACUUGUCAACGAUGGGUUUUACGGAUUUUUCAAAAGCCUUUCUACUGUCGUGUACAUAAACAACGCUAUAAACCCGUUUCUUUAUGGACUAGCGAACCAACGCUUCCGCCAGGAUUGCAAAGAUGAACUUAAGAAAUGUCUAUAA